UGACCGCCCGCCCCGAGCCGGCGAAAGGUUUUACAUACAAGUGGAAUUUGCACUAACAAAGUGCCAUAAGUCAAAAUAUAGGGUAGUCGGGCAGUUCACUCGACGGUUGUGCAGUCGCCGGCUCACGCGGGAUCCGACUUUAAUAAAUACGUUUUUCGGUGUUGGAUUAAACGCGUUCAAAUAUAACCGUGCCGGGCAAAUGACCGCGACAGUGCUAGCUCAAUAUUCAUCGGAUUGUUAGAUUGCAGAAACUUACUUGUGUGUUACCAUGGGGUGCAGUGCAAGAUACUGUUUACUGGCUCUAUCUUUGUGCCUAGUUACUGAAAAUGCCUUAGGUGUCAGAGUGAUGCCCAAGAGGAAAAAAGAAGCAGUCGAUGAUGACCAAACAGCUUCAGCGCAGUCCUGGUGGCAGUCAGACGCGGUGCCGCCGUCACCCAGUAUCCCAGGGAUCGGAGCAGCAAGUAGUAGCAGUAGCUUCUCCGCUUCCCACGGACUGGUCCAGACCCACCCUUCGGCCUCUGAUCCCUUCGGCUCCUACGCUGGCAUCGGCAGCACACUUGGGCCUUCCAUGAAUACUUUUGCAGCCUCCGGCGGUCCGCUGAGUGGUGGCGUAAGGAGCAAACCUUUACCCCCACUGACUCAAAGCGCGAGCGGCAAGCCAAGCUUCAAGCAUCUGGACUACACCAGCAGUGCUACAGCCGAAUUGAGGAGAAACCCAUCACUCUCCGCCCCCGAUGAAUGCGCCCGAGCCUGCAGAGAGAAUGAGCCACCUAGGAUCUGUUAUUAUCACUUUACUCUCGAGCUGUACAACGUUUUGGGAGCGGCUUGCCAAGUAUGCACACCGAACGCCACCAACGUGGUCUGGUCGCACUGCCAGUGUGUUCUCGCAGAUGGUGUCGAACGAGGUAUCCUUUCCGUGAACAGAAUGUUGCCCGGACCUUCCAUCCAAGUGUGCGAGAACGACAAGGUCGUAAUCGACGUCGAGAACCACAUGGAAGGUAUGGAAGUAACAAUCCACUGGCACGGUAUCACUCAACGAGGCACUCAGUAUUACGACGGUGUGCCUUUUGUUACUCAGUGUCCAAUUCAACAAGGAAACACUUUCAGAUACCAAUGGAAAGGUAAUGCUGGUACUCACUUUUGGCACGCCCAUACUGGUCUCCAAAAACUCGAUGGUAUAUAUGGCAGUAUCGUAGUCCGUCAACCUCCUUCCAAGGACCCUAACAGCCACUUGUACGACUACGAUUUGACCACACAUGUCAUACUAAUCAGUGACUGGCUCCACGAAGAUGCUGCUGAGAGAUACCCUGGUCGCCUCGCCGUUAAUACUGGACAAGACCCUGAGUCUGUGCUCAUCAAUGGAAAAGGACAGUUCAGAGAUCCCAACACCGGUUUCAUGACUAACACUCCUCUUGAGGUGUUCACUAUCACGCCAGGCAGAAGAUACAGAUUUAGAAUGAUCAACGCGUUUGCGUCUGUAUGUCCGGCGCAAGUCACAUUUCAAGGCCACAAUCUAACUGUAAUAGCUACAGACGGUGAACCAGUAGAACCCGUACAAGUCAAUACUAUAAUAUCAUUCUCAGGCGAACGUUAUGACUUUGUUAUCGAAGCUAACAACAUUCCCGGUGCUUAUUGGAUCCAAGUACGAGGCCUUGGCGAAUGUGGUAUUAAGAGGGCCCAGCAAUUGGGUAUCCUCCGUUACGCCAGAGGCCCGUAUCAGCCCUCGUCUCAACCUCCAACUUACGACGUUGGUUUACCUCAGGGCGUGGUGAUGAAUCCAUUGGACGCAAUUUGUAACCGCCAAAGGAACGAAGCUAUUUGCGUAAGCCAACUAAAAAACGCAAGGAAUAUUGACCCUGGUAUUCUUCAGGAAAGACCCGAUGUGAAAAUCUUUUUGCCUUUCCGUUUCUUCGUGUACAGACCAGAGAUGUUGUUCCAACCUAACACUUACAACAAAUACCUAGUGGCCCCGUCUGGAGACCACGUGAUCAGUUUGAUUGAUGAGAUCUCGUACAUGCCUCCUCCUACCCCCCUGAUCAGUCAGUACGAUGAUAUCAACCCUGAGCAAUUCUGCAACGGAGACAAUAGACCAGCAGAUUGCGGACAAAAUUGUAUGUGCACCCACAAAGUUGAUAUACCGGUGAACGCUAUUGUCGAAAUUGUACUUGUAGAUGAAGUUCAAAUUGCAAACUUAUCACAUCCGUUCCAUUUGCACGGAUACGCCUUCAACGUCGUCGGUAUUGGCCGCUCUCCUGAUCAGAACGUCAAGAAGAUCAACUUAAAACACGCUCUCGACCUUGACAGGAGAGGUCUACUACAACGUCAUCUUAAACAGGGAGACUUGCCCCCAGCGAAGGAUACCAUUGCGGUGCCCAACAACGGAUACGUCAUUCUCCGUUUCCGAGCCAAUAACCCUGGUUUCUGGCUACUCCACUGUCAUUUCCUCUUCCACAUCGUCAUUGGAAUGAACCUCGUGCUCCAAGUUGGCACUCAUGCUGACCUUCCUCCCGUACCCCCUACCUUCCCGACGUGCGGAGACCACCUACCCCCAAUUUCCUUGCACCCUUGAGUCGGUUCCUACAGUUUUCAGCGCAAACUAUCACUGCAGUUGAAUAAUUAUGUUAACUAAGUGUAAAUUUAUGUUUGUUUUGUGUGAUGUGUACGACGGAUGCGAAGUGUUCGGUUCUUCCGUCGUCGUGUUACUUAGUAUGAAACGAUUCAACAGGAGGUUAUGGCGAUAUGUGAUUUUAUUUAACAGCGAUACAAUUCUCUUGUGUUGAUAUUAGUUUUAUUUUAUUGCCAUAUUGGGUGUUUUCUUGUGAUUACUCUUGAGGCUUUUAGACCAACGACAUUCUUCUCCUAAUGGUAUCCUUCCAUUGAACAUUUCCGACCUGGAACUAACAACUUGCCAUUACAAUUUUCACCAAGGAUUUUUAUUUAUUACGUGUAUAUAUCAUAAAAUUUACUACUAUAUAAAUAUAGAUACUUAAGCUAAAGAACCCAGUUAUCAACUCUCGUCACACACCAUAUAAAUUGUAGGAAUGUAAAUAAUACACUUCAACAGCUGUGUAUGUAUGUAACUGUAAAUACACUUCUUUUGGUUAUACAAUGCAUACCUCUUGUCAUCAGUGAAGACUGUCUAUAACUAAAUAGGUUUGCAAUAAAUGUUACCAUUCGCAAUGUUACCAUUAUCUUAAGUCACAGUUAUAAACGUUGUGUUACUGUGCCAACUGUGCCAAAAAUCAAAACGAAAUAUUAAAAAUCGCAUUGGCAACCCUAGUCUACAGAAACAUCGUCAUCAACGAUUUAUUCGAUAUUUAUAAUUUAUACAUAUUAAUCUUAUAGGUAUACGUACAGUUGGUGUCAUGAUAAAGUAAGUACACAUUUGGACUCUAUACUCACAAAGUAAGGUCCUCAUUUGCGCUGU